CACUGGAUAUUCGAAAAUUUUUGCUCCAAACGGCCGUUGAACGUAAUCCACAGGCUCAGUACAGCUCAGCAGGAGGAUAAAUAUAAACAAUCGUUGAUAAUAUUAUUGCGGAAGAAGAUAAUACGACAUAAAUAACGGCAUGGAUCUGUUUGCGAGCCUCGACCCAAAAUUCGGGUGCAACGGUAGACUAGAAACCUUCACCAACUGGCCUUUCACCCAGAAAGAUCCCUGCAAUCCAAAAGCAAUGGCAUCCGCUGGAUUUUUCGCUGUCAAUGGUAUAGAGGAGCCAGACCUCGCCGAGUGCUUCUUCUGUGGAAAGCAAUUGGACGGUUGGGAGGCCACUGAUGAUCCCUGGGAGGAGCACAAGUCCCAUCAGCUCAGCUGUCCCUACAUCAAACUGAACAAACCUGUAGAACAAGACUGGACACUCGAGGAAACAUUUGCAUUAUUGCAGGAAUAUUACAGAAGUCAAUGCGAGCAGAAAGUAAAGACUCUGAAAGAGAACCUGAAUACCGAAAUGAAGAUCCUGACAGCAGAAAUUCCAAAACUCCUACAAAAAUCGAGAAAGAAUAAGAGGAGCAUCAAGUAACAAAAGCACUUAAUUAAGUAUAAGGUAUUUCGAUCUUUGUAAAAUUUUAAUAUACUUUUAAUCGCAAUUAAUCAUAUCUGCUGUUAACCGAUGUAUCAGUAACGAAAGAUCCUGCGAUCUCGAUGGUUCAACCCGAGCAAAUCACGAAAAUAUAAUUUACGCAUUUACGUUUUUCCGUUGUCCAUGAAGAUGCAGGAAUUUUAAUUGUCGUCAGCCAAAAAAAUUCCAUUGGGGCUGAUAGCAAUCGAAUAAAUAAUCAUUGUCAUCA